AUGGCGGAAGUUAACGUGCCAAAAGCCAUUAUAAACAUCUCAUCUGGCAAUGAAUAUGCAAAUCUAAAUUCAAGUCGUGGUUCAUCAACUUCGUUGAAUUCAAACGCUUCCUCUACAACAAAUUCUGGAAAGGAUUUCGACCCCAAUGAAAUCAAAUCUACUCUAUCUACAUCAUCUGCGGCUUCCAGUACUGGCAUCGAUAUGCUAAACUCCAAUGAUACCAAGCACUACUCGAUUGAUGACGUUUGGAAAUCCUUGAACAAGGAUCCCAAAGACUUUGUCAGACAGCUUUUCGAAAACCAACAAAUUACAGUUAGACAAAAUCUUGAACAACAAGAGUUGUUCAGAAAGGUUUGUUUGACUGGUGACUCUAAGGACUUACAGCAGGAUUACCAGGUGGAAUUCCUAGCCGUUGUCAGUGUUAUGAACACAGCUGCCGAAUUGAGAAGUAUUUUGACACUGCCUGCAACCCCCGAACUUUUCUCAAAGCAGAAGUCACUCUGCUUUUCCUUUCUGAAGUUGUUCAAGUAUCAUUUUCAACUUGCUUGGGACGAUCCCAGCUUUGCUUUUAAAAGCUUUGGUUAUCUGCUUGCUGAGGAACCCAACUUUUUUCUCCUGCCCUUUUUAAAGGUCCUGGAUUUUGCUUUACAGUCCCAGGAUAGGACCUUCUGGAAGCUAAGAAAGCUGUUUGUACUGCUUUCCAGUCUCUGUUUUCUGAACAAGAACCUUUUGGAUGCACUGACAUCUAAUUAUUGUCAAAAAGAAAAUAUCCAACUUUUGAAAAGGAUCUCCGAACCCCAAGAACCGGAUGCUUCUCAACUGUUCUGCAAUUCUGAUGGUCCCCUAACCAUUUGUCACUACUUUCGAUGGUCAUUAUAUUUUGAAUCCAACUUGUGCGGUCCAGCUGCAUUGGGUAACUUUUUAAUGGAGGUAUCUGUUAAUCCCAACUCUUCAGCUUCCUUGGUGACUUCACUUCUUUCUAUGAUAGUCAUUAAACGGGAUCUAGCUGCACCUCUGCUUUCAAUAGAUUCCCACUCCAGUUUCAUCUCGCUAGCAAGCUCUUACUUUGCUUCCAAUGAAAGAAAGGAAGUGAUUAUGUUUUACAGCAUCCACCAACCUGAAUUUUUGAAGUUUAUUUCCAAACUCAAAAGUGGCUUUGACAUGUCUUCGGAGACAAAAAGCUUAUGCGAUAGGUUUGUUAAGUCUUUAGUUUGGGAACUAGUGACACAUUUUUCUAUAAAGACUUUGCACGAGCUUCACUUUGAUGGUCUCAUUAUGGAAAGUUUGACACCAUUCUGUCUAAGAAUACUAGGCACUAAUACAGAACUCAAUAUAGAAAGUUUUGUUCUAACCAGAGAUCUCUUUCUCCCAUUGUUUGAGUUGAUAAACCACAAUUUUAAAUUAGAUCUCAGAGAGGAGCCGUACUUACUUUGCUAUCUUUGUCUCUCCCUUUUCACUUUGAAUGACUAUGUCACAAAUUCUCGUGACUUUACAGAGAUAUACCGCUUAUUAGAUGAUCUUGGUUGCAAAUACUCUUUCAAUGCCUUGUUGGAUCACAUUCAGUUUUUUUUAUCUUACAACUUCAACAAGUAUUCUUUGGAAGACAUGCGUACUGCCAUUCCAACUCCUGAGUACUUGAAGGACCGCUUUGGCUUUGAUUAUAUUCCUCCUAUGAGCAGAGAAAAUAUGUUCUACGAGAACCCUCUCGGCCUCACAUCGGAUGUAGAUUUUGAUAUGCCGCAUGUCUUUCAGAAACGAAAAUGUAUGGACCUUCUCAAGAAUUGUCUGUUCUAUUGUUCAAUUAUUCGUCUCAGAACCUACAGGGUAAUGACUAGUGUUGGCAAUGACACGGAUUUUGCAAACCUUUCCUCGUCUCAGAUUGACAUUGAUCAAACCGAACUCUACAAAUAUUCCCGAAAUUCUAGAUACAAACUUGCCAACUUUAAGAAUGGUUUCUCCAUGAAUUAUAGGCUUGCCUAUAGUGCUUUGGAAGUUACUGUCUCCUCUGAUUUAUCUUUUUUAACCAGUUGUGAGAACCUGAAGUUUGAUGAUAAGAGAUUGGCGGCUACCCUUAUAAAUGUUACAGCUGACGUUCAGCUCUCAUUGAGUGGAAUAUACGGCGAAUUUGGCCUGCUCUCUAUCUUCAAAUUGUUUCUCGACUUCUGUAGGCAUGAUAUUAGAUUAGCCAAUACUUCGGCACGCGUACUUGCUGAUAUCUUACCAGAUGAGAAGGAUACUAGUUAUGAAUCAUCAAGAAAGCGCAUGCUUGGUGAGACAAUUGAACAUAGUACUCUCGGAAGUAACUUGAUCCGACUCUUUGUGGAAGAAUUGGAUGACGGGAAGACCUCUUACUUUAAACGGCUGAUAAACUUUCUGAAGGCAUACCCUUCGUCCUUGAAGCCCAAAAAGCGUGUUAAAGGCACCAUGAUAUUGGAUUUACAAGACUAUAAUCGGACCCUAAAGACCAAACAAUCCCUUCAGGAUCAACUUAUUUAA